AUGGGCAAAAAUAAAGAAAAAGACGACUCUGAAGAGAAAAAACCAAUUAUUAUUCGCAAUUCAACGGAUUUGCAACGCCUUAAACUCGAAAAAUUAAUGAAAAACCCUGAUAAACCAGUUAUGAUUCCGGAAAAACCGAAGGAAAGAGGAAGUCCAAAUGUGCCUGAUUUUGUUAGAAAUGUUAUGGGUUCAAGUGCUGGGGCUGGCUCAGGAGAAUUUCACGUUUACAGGCAUCUACGACGAAAAGAGUAUGCUAGACAGAAAUAUAUGCAAGCUAAAGGGGAAAGAGAAAAGUUAGAUGAUGAAUAUAAAAAUAAAUUGGAAGAAAAUAAGAAAUUAGCUCAGGAAAAAACAGCCAAAAAAAGAGCAAAAAGACAGAAGAAAAAACAAAUGCUAAAGAAAAAGGGGAAAAUGGCUAAAACAGACAAAAAAGAUUCAAGUGAAUCGUCCAGUGAAUCUUCAGAUGGUGAAAAUAGUGAAAAAGAGGAGGUAAGUGAAAGUAAGGAAGAAAAAGAUGAAAAACCUCUGGAAAAUAUCGAAAAACAACCAGAAUGUGAAGAAAAACCCACAGAAGAGCCUUUAAAUACAGAAAACAGUCAAAAUAUAAGUACUUCAGAAGAAAAAAUCACAAAUUAA